UAAAAAGAAAAUUAAAUACAAAGUAGAGUUUAUUCAUUUAUUUACGUACCAGCUUGUUCCCGUACCAACCGUUUUCGUAGAACAACAAAUUCAGUUCUUAUCACACCUAAACCCAAACAAGACUCAAACUCACCACAACUAUUCAUUCAUUCAUUCCCAAUUUUCAUUCAACCUUUUCACUUUCGAUUAUUAGGGUUAGAGUUAGAAUUAGGGUUAGGGUUUUCAUUCUCUAGAAGAUGCAGAUAAAGGAAAUAUGGAAUUCCGUUCGUUUCAAUUGUCCUUGAACAUUCCAAUAAAGUUACGUCGUUCCUUUCAUAACCCUAAUUUCAUCAUGCAAUUUCAAUCCUCCGAUAUGUCUUCCGUCGGAUGCCGAUUCCGAUUCCGUUUUCGUUCGGCAUUUGAUCCUUAUUCCGCAGCUUCCGAAGCUUUUUCUGAACACUGCCGUCUCUUUCUUUCUCUUCGUCUUCUCACUCUCUAAUAACCUAAAUAAUCGUUCAAUUCCUCCUCUUUUUUUUUUUUUGAUUUUUUGGGAGGGCUUUUUCUUGUUUUUUGGUGUUGCGAUGGAUUGUGAUUUUGAUGAUGUUGGUAUUGUGGAGAAAGAUCCAACUUUACGUUACGCACGGUAUGAUGAACUGUUAGGGAAAGGAGCAUUCAAGUCUGUAUAUAAAGCUUUUGAUGAAGUAGAUGGAAUCGAAGUUGCUUGGAACCGAAUUUGUAUAGAGGAUGUUAUGCAAUCACCCCAAAAUUUGGAGAAGUUGUAUUCUGAGGUUCAUCUCCUCAAGUCACUGAAACACGAAAAUAUCAUUAAGUUCUAUAGCUCUUGGGUGGAUGAAAAGACCAGGACUAUCAAUAUGAUAACUGAAUUGUUCACGUCUGGGAGUUUGAGGCAGUAUCGUAAGAAGCAUAAGAAUGUGGAUAUGAAGGCAAUCAAGAACUGGGCGAGGCAGAUUCUUCGUGGCUUGUGCUUUCUGCACAGUCACAAUCCUCCUGUUAUUCAUAGGGAUCUAAAAUGUGAUAACAUUUUUGUUAAUGGGAAUAAUGGACAAGUUAAGAUUGGAGAUCUCGGAUUGGCAAUUGUCAUGCAGCAGCCUACUGCCCGGAGUGUUAUUGGUACUCCGGAAUUCAUGGCCCCAGAGCUUUAUGAAGAAGAAUACAAUGAACUUGUUGACAUAUAUUCCUUUGGCAUGUGUAUCUUGGAAAUGAUCACCUGUGAGUACCCGUAUAGUGAAUGCAAAAAUCCGGCACAGAUAUAUAAGAAAGUUACCUCUGGUAUAAAGCCUGCUUCUCUUGCUAAAGUGAAUGAUCCUGAAGUGAAGCAAUUUAUAGAGAAGUGUUUAGUUCCAGCAUCUAUGAGAUUGCCUGCAUCUGAACUGCUGAAAGACCCAUUCCUCGCAACUGGAAAUGCGAAGGAGAUCUAUCAUGAUCCCCUGCUGCUGCCUAAUUCCCCGACUAAAUCAAUGAAUUCACCAACUUGUGAGCCCCAUCCCAUGGAGAUAGAUUCAAACCUCAGGCAUACAUCACAUGGCUCCUCUGUGGAAAGAAUUAAAGAAACUUCUCAAGUUUCAAUUCUUGAUCUCAUGAGGAAGACAGAGAACAAUGAAUUUAGGUUAAGAGGGGAGAAGAAUGCUGAACGUACAAUUUCACUUACACUGCGAAUUGCUGAUGCUAAUGGUGGAGCUAGGAAUAUCCAUUUUCCAUUCUAUAUUGAUUCCGACACAACAAUUUCAAUUGCUGAGGAGAUGGUGGAACAUCUUGAGCUCAAGGAUGAGGAUGUAGCUGUCAUUGCUGAGCUAAUACACAACAUGAUUUUUGAGCUUGUGCCUAACUGGAAACCCUUGUGCGAGAACUUCUCAUCUGGAGCAGAUAAUUUGUACAGUCCUUCAGAAGCUCAGAAUGGUGAACAGUUAAACUGCCAUUGGUCAUUGGGAUCAAAUAACUUUGAUAUGAAGGCAAUGUAUGAGGAUUUAGGUCAGUCACAGCUUGACGGGGAAGAGCAGGACAAACAAGAAUCUGUUUCAUCAGAUAUUUCAGCUGAGUAUGGGAUUGCAGUUGCCACUGAUUCUAAAGGUGUAGAGCCUGAUUGUUUUAUUCUUCAUGAAUGUUGCAAGGGAUCCCAUGGCUUAAAUUCCAAUGUAAACAAUAAUCAAUCAGAGAACUCAGCAGUCUCAUGGUCCAGUCCAUCCAUAAACUUUGACAUGUCAAGCAAAUGCUUUCUUACUCAACAGGAAAAAGAUCAUUUAAACGAGCUACAGUUGGAGCUUGAAGCAAUUGAUAUCCAGUAUCAGCAAAGUUUUCGCGAGCUUGUGAAGAUGAGGGAGGAAGCCAUAGAAAAUGUCAAAAAGAGAUGGACUUCAAAGAAGUUAUCAGUUAUAGGAUGAUGACUCAGGAUGGUUUUCUUAUAUUUUUGGUUGAUUUUUUGUUAGUGGUUUCAUUAAAUUGAUUUCUUGCUGCUUUAUACUUUGCUUUGCAAUUCUCUUGAUGGAUUUUGUUUUUGGUUGCAAUUGGCCUUGUGAUUUUCACAUACAUUAUUUUAUACAGAUGAUGACGAAGAAUUUUUAUUUUUACA